UUGGCUGAAAUUGUGAAAACGAAAGCGAAACCUUGGGAGUUUCUCGUGAUGGCCGCCCUUGCCCUGGCUAUUUAAGCGUUCCCAGUUUCAAGUCCGUCACUUCUAUGCCGACACUUGAACUCACCACAGGCAAAGGUCGACCAUUUUCGGGAGAUGGCUCAUUCCAAACCUCUGUUCGUUCAGUGGCUACGGGCCGAGAUUGACAGCGGUAAGUAUCCAGGUGUGCAGUGGACAAACCAGCAGGAAACCGAGUUUUGUAUUCCUUGGAAACACGCUUUGCGACAAGAUGCUUCUGAUACGGACAGUCUAAUCUUCAAGGCCUGGGCAAAGGUCAGUGGCAAUGGCCGCGUCCAAGGUGACUCCUCGGUGUGGAAGCGGAACUUUCGAAGCGUUCUGCGAGCCAAACACUUCAAAAUGAUGGCAGAUAAUAAAAACGACAGAGCGAACCCUCACAAAGUGUACCGCUGGCCAAAAGACUCAACUUCACCUGAAAACUCCAUUGCUGUAGCCUUAAGCCAACAGGAACCGGAUUUGUAUGGGAGUCCUCCUAAUGAGGAUAUUCUGCAAAUGUCUCUAACGGAGCUCAACAUUUGGCCUCAAACAGAGGACACUGCAGCCUUUAAGCUUCCUCCCGAGCAACAGGAGCUCCGGCAUCAGCUCGUGAUUGGCGGGCAGGCGUUGCCGGGGCGACAGCCGUAUCCAGUAGAUUUGGAGGGUGCCGUCUGUGAAGCCGGGUUGCCCGAGCAACCGGCAUGUCCAAUGACGCCAGCUGAGGGAGGGGCGUGCGGAGGCCAAUUUGCGGUGCAGUUUCUAGACACUGUGAACAAGACCAUGGAGGGGAAUCAUUUUAAGACACAAUUCAGGAUAUCCGUGUUCUACAGAGGGGAGAUGGUGUCUGAGCAGCUGGUUAAUAACGAAGCUGGAUUCCGCUUAAUCUACAGGCCACAACUGGUGAAACCCACGUUGGACCAGGAGUCCGGCCUGUCCCUGGUGUCUCUGCCGAGUCCCACCACCAUUAUAAGUCAAGUCCAAGCCGAGUAUACCCAGCGUAUCCUGGACAAUUUGGGCGAGGGCUUCGAGUUGGCCGUGGUGGGCGAUGUGAUUUAUGGCCAGCGGCGAGGCGAAAGCAAAGUUUUUUGGAGUUUCUCCAAGUUCGACCAGAGCAGAAACACACAAGAGAUCUCCAAGCAGCAGCGACAACCGCUUUACCAAUUCACCAACUUUAUCCAGGGGAUUCUGGACUUUAUCGGAGGCAAAGAGUGCGGGCCCUGCUCUCUCUUCCUCUGCUUGGGCGAGAAGUGGCCUGAUCCAGAAAUGAGACCAUGGAAUAAGAAACUCAUCACAGUGGAGGUGGUUCUCACGUCGUUGGAGAUCUUGAAGAACAUGGCAGUCGAUGGUGGCGCUUCGUCCCUACAGUCUGUUGAUCUGCAGGUGUCGCUUGAGGAGAUGGUCGUAGGCUGACGCUGCACUUUCUUUUUUCAUUUUUUUUUUAAGAUUGCAAAUGCCACCAUGUUUACAAUCAAUCAUUAUCUAAAACUUGAACAAACUUCUAUGUCAUGGACAUUUCACUCAAUUGUUUUGGGAGCCUGCGAUGAGGUGGCGACUUGUCCGGGGUGUACGCCGCCUUCUACCCGAAUGCAGCUGAGAUAGGCUUCAUCACCCACAGCGACCCCAAAAAAAGACAAGCGGUAUAAAAUGGAUGGAUGGAUGUUUUGGGGGCCACAUUUCCGGAAAGCUGGGGGGGCUGACUUCCCCUUUCACUACCCGUCCUGCUUUGUAUAAUUCGAAGAACCAGUGUCCUCUACAGUAGACAUUUAAUUUUGGUCUAUUUAUUUUGUCAGGGCUACAGGAGGGCUCAGCCAUUUUUAAGAAAAUUCUGUAAAAAAUACUCGUUAAAAAUAAUCUUUAUUAUAUACUGUAUUUUUCGGAGUAUAAGUCGCUCCGGAGUAUAAGUCGCACCUGCCAAAAAAACAUGAUAAAGAAGGGAAAAAACAUAUAUAAGUCGCACUGGAGUAUAAGUCGCAAUUUUUGGGGGAAAUUUAUUUGAUAAAACCCAACCCCAGGAAUAGAUAUUUGAAAGGCAAUUUAAAAUAAAUAAAGGAUAGUGAACAACAGGCUGAAUAAGUGUACGUUAUAUGACGCAUAAUAAAGAAGGGAAAAAACAUAUAUAAGUCACACUGGAGUAUAAAUCGCAUUUUUGGGGGGAAAUUUAUUUGACAAAACCCAACCCCAAGAAUAGACAUUUGAAAGGCAAUUUAAAAUAAAUAAAGAAUAGUGAACAACAGGCUGAAUAAGUGUACGUUAUAUGACACAUAAAUAACCAACUGAGAAGGUGCCUGGUAUGUUAACGUAACAUAUUAUGGUAAGAGUCAUUCAAAUAACUAUAACAUAUAGAACAUGCUAUAUGUUUACCAAACAAUCUGUCACUCCUAAUUGCUAAAUCCGAUGAAAUCUUAUACGCGUAGUCUCUUACGUGAAUGAGCUAAAUAAUAUUAUUUGAUAUUUUACGGUAAUGUGUUAUAAUUUCACACAUAAGUAGCUCCUGAGUAUAAGUCACACCCAUGGCCAAACUAUGAAAAAAACUGUGACUUAUAGUCCGAAAAAUUCGGUACACUCUAGUGAUUUUAAGAAUCUGCUGCAAAAAUGUGAGUUUCACAUUUUUUUUUUUAAACUGAACUUACAAAUAAACAAGCUAUAGCAACACCUUAGUUACAUUACUCACAUUACGAAAAAGGGACUUAAAGAGGUGCCCUCAGGAAUGCCUCAGAGAUGUAAAUCACAAGUUUGGACCCCGGUGUUCUAUGUUUGCUUGUGUAACGGGAGCCAGCCAGUGUGACUGCGCCAGGUGGACGUUCGUAAACCUCACUCCCUGACAACUUAAAAGAGUGUACUGACCACUGAGUUGGCAGCUCGGGUUUUUGGCCAAGUGGCUAGCACACUUAACUAUUAUUCGGGCGACACGGGUUCCCGCCCCGCCCCACUAUGCAAAGCUGACACACUAGCAAGGUUAAAAUGCCAAGUGUUUACAGUGGUCCAAGUUCCUCUAUAAAACAGGGGCACUCACUUUUUUUUAGGAAUUUGCUGCAAAAAAUUUUAUCUCACAAGUUUUCAACUGAACCUUGUUGGCAUUUUGGCCGCCUGUUGAAAAGACCUGCCCUCUGUAAAUCUCUGUGUUUCCUUGUUCUGCCAAUUCCUAUAAAAGUGCAAUGUAAUUACUAAAA